GAGCACACAGGAAAGGCCGGGCGCCGAGCGGCGGGUAGCGGAGAAGAUGACUGCAUUCUUUAGAACACUUCGAAAUCACUGGAAGAAAACUACAGCUGGGCUCUGCUUUCUGACGUGGGGAGGUCACUGGCUCUAUGGAAAGCACUGUGAUAACCUGCUAAGAAGAGCAGCCUGUCAAGAAGCUCAGGUGUUUGGCAACCAGCUCAUUCCUCCCAAUGCACAAGUGAAGAAAGCCACAGUCUUUCUCAAUCCUGCGGCCUGCAAAGGCAAAGCCAGAGCUCUAUUUGAGAAAAAUGCUGCCCCAAUUUUACACCUGUCUGGCAUGGAUGUGACGGUUGUCAAGACAGAUUAUGAGGGACAGGCCAAGAAGCUCUUGGAACUGAUGGAAAACACAGAUGUGAUCAUCGUUGCUGGAGGAGAUGGGACACUGCAGGAGGUUGUUACUGGAGUCCUUCGAAGGACAGAUGAGGCUACCUUCAGUAAGAUUCCAAUUGGAUUUAUCCCGCUGGGACAGACCAGUAGUUUGAGUCACACCCUCUUUGCCGAAAGUGGAAACAAAGUCCAACACAUUACAGACGCCACACUCGCCAUUGUGAAAGGAGAAACGGUUCCGCUUGAUGUCUUGCAGAUCAAGGGCGAAAAGGAACAACCUGUUUUUGCAAUGACUGGCCUCCGAUGGGGAUCCUUCAGAGAUGCUGGCGUCAAAGUUAGCAAGUACUGGUAUCUCGGUCCACUGAAGAUCAAAGCAGCCCACUUUUUCAGCACUCUACAGGAGUGGCCUCAGACUCAUCAGGCCUCCAUCUCUUACACGGAACCUACAGAGCGACCUCCCAGUGAGCCUGAAGAGAUCCCUCCCCGACCUUCUCUGUACAGGAGAAUAUUGCGCAGGCUUGCCUCAUUCUGGGCACAGCCACAGGAUGCCUUCUCCCGAGAAGUGAGCCCAAAGAUCUGGAAAGAUGUACAACUGUCCACGAUUGAGCUGUCCAUCACAACCAGAAACAGCCAACUUGACCUGAUGAGCAAAGAAGACUUUAUGAACAUUUGCAUCGAGCCUGAUACUGUCAGCAAAGGAGAUUUCAUAACCAUAGGAAGUAAGAAGAUGAGAGACCCCGACCUGCGUGCAGCUGGUACUGAGUGUCUCCAGGCCAGCCACUGCACUCUCCUCCUUCCUGAGGGAACUGAGGGCUCCUUCAGCAUCGACAGCGAGGAGUAUGAAGCCAUGCCUGUGGAGGUGACGCUGAUGCCCAGGAAACUGCAGUUCUUCUGUGACCCACGGAAGAGGGAGCAGAUGCUGCAGAGUGCAUCUCAGUGAUCCGGCUGCAGCACGGCGCUGGCGGACUGCCCUUCACGCCACCAGUGGGACCACAAGGGAAUGGGUGUGCUUCUUUCCCCAGAGUGUUGUCACAGGAUCCCAAGGGAAUUUUCAUGGCAAGUAGUCCUGACCUCUCCUCUCCUGACUUGUAGUGCUUCCUAGUGAGCAUACCCUGUCACCCUCACCCACUUGGUGACCAGCAUCCCUUAAGUCCUGCUUUCCUGUGCUGUGGUAGUCGAUCCCUCCUCCUUAGUGGUUUGCUCAGGCCGGUUCAAGGAAGUUCUUGUGCUCAGCUGUGCAGAGUUGGAAAGGGUUGGAAUUUUGUGAUUGCCCCACAGUGGAGAGUGGAAUAUGGAGACUAAGCUACGGUUCCCGUUUUCUGACCAUCCUAGGGCAUCCAAGGGAAGCAGCUGCCUUCUCUGGGUGCCUCUCUCAUGGGUGCUGUUCCUCCGUGCUCCAAUUGGUUGGUCUCAAUCUGGAAAGCAGACGUGAGGUUGUUUCCUUUUCAGCCCUGGCUAACAUAUGAUAAAAUGCUAUUAAAAGACAAAUUUGCGCUUCUUCUUUGUUAGUUUGCAUGUGUAUGACAGAAGCGCACGUUGAAACUAACCGACCUGGGACCCACCCCCAAGCUGUGUAGCUCAAUCUGGCAGGAAUCUUCAUUUUAAACGGCUGCUUCACAGCUGAACCAACCAGACCUGGAGAAUGUAUUUUAAAACUACUUCAAAACUCCUGCUUUUCCCAAAUGUAUUAUUUUUUUUUAAAAAAAUCACGUAUUCAUGUUGACAUCUAUCAUUUUUCAUGGGAAGCUAAAGACUUGUCAGUGUACUUUCUAGUGUUGUGUAAAUACCGUUGUUUACAAAUAAAGUGUUGCAUCAUUCUUUUAAA